UUGUAAUCUUUGUUGACAGACAUGUCACAUGCAUAUAUAUCGGUGCUGGAAGUAAUACGCUUCGUCAGGUGGCCAAGCACAGCCAUGGGGAACAAAGCAAAAGCAGCGGUUCUCCUAUUAGUUUUCAUCGCAGCUUUACAAGUGGAUGGAAAACCAGCACCGGAACCUUUACCCUGGGGAUGUGGUCGAUGGGGGCGUCUGGACUGCUAUCCACCUCCUCCACCAGAACCUUACCCAUAUUACCCUUAUAAAUGGGGAGGAAGAAGAUGUCACGAUGGAAGGUGUGGCAAGGGCACGAACAAUGAAAAUACAAACGAAGUACAUGUUAAACCUGUGAUAACAGUAGAACGCGGCGGAAGAUAACGUUAUCAAGAUCAAGAAGCCGGAUCCUCGAGACUAGAAAAUGAAAAUGAAAAUGAAAACAAGUAAUGAAAAAAAAUAAAUAUUAAAACCCUACAGGCUGAGAUUUCAAUGCACCACAAAAGUGUUUAAAAACUCCUAAGACAAACCCAAUUCAGUUUAUAUAUAUAUAUAUAUAUGU